CACUCCUCCAUUGAUUCUGAACGAAAGCUUCGAAAGCGCGAACUGCCAAAUAGAUUAAAUUUGUAGACAGUAUUCGUCAAUUUUCAAUUGGAAAUACGCUUUGUUAACUUAAAUCCACAUAAAUUAAAACAUGAGCGUUAAACCAGAUAUGAAACUCAUCAUUUCGAACAUCACAAAUGGAAAGCGGUUCAGUCACUGCAGGUUAUGUCUGAGGAACAUUGAAGAAGAUUACGUUCGGUUUGGAGACGGAGUAGCACUGGAUUUAGAGGAAAAACACCAGCAUUUACAGCCCCUAUCGGAAUUACUUGCUAAAUUCCUUGGGCCUGAGGUAAAUGAAGAAAUACCAGGAUUAGAUGCUGUAUGCACAGAAUGUGUUGUCGAUGCAUUGAGAGGCUUGAGGCUUAUACAAACUUAUCAUAAAUCUUCCCGAUUACUAGAAGAUGCCCUGGAUAACUUAUUAAAUGCACUUAACAUUAAUCUUGAAAUUUACGACAAUCAGUCACUCUACAUUGUUGUAGAUGAGAACCAUUCUGAAUUAAUAGUAAUGAGUAAAAAUACGUCAGAAACAAAAUAUAAUGUAGUGGAAACAAAAAUAAUAUGCGAUGAAUGUUCCAAUGAGUUUUCAACCACUGAAGAAUACCAUAAGCACUGCGAGGAAAAUCAUAAUCAACUUCUCUGCGAAAAAUGCUGGCAGGCGUUUGAAACGAACGAAGAAUUAACUAACCAUUCAUGUAAAAAACUAAAAUGCUCGGAUUGUAACAAAUACAGGAGCACAGCUGAAGCUCUUAUAGAGCACCAUGCUAAAAUACACAAAAUCCACAUAUGCAAAGAGUGUGGGAAAUCAUGCCAAGGCUCUGUAAAACUAAGAACUCAUGAAGGAAAGCAUUUCAAUAAAAGCCAAUGCCCGAAAUGUGGUAAAAGUUAUGCUACAAGAGAUUUCUAUUUAAAACAUGUUGAUUUGUGCGAAAAAGGACUUUUAGAUCCACAUCCGAUUCGCACCAAACUUCACAAACCAUAUUCUUGUAAAGAAUGUGGCAAAAGUUAUAGUACUUCAGGAGGACUCAGAGUACAUUAUAAAUUUGAGCAUGGUGGCGCUAAACCUCAUGUAUGUCCGGAAUGUAAUAAGAAAUUCACCGCUCCGAGUUACUUAAAAGUCCACAUGGUAACACACACUAAGGAAAAGAACUUUUUAUGUAAUAUAUGUCCAAACCGCUUUGUAUCAAAAGAGGCAUUAUUAUAUCACACAAGAAGGCAUACUGGGGAACGACCAUACAAAUGUGAGCAUUGUUUUGAAACAUUUGUAAAUGCAUCAGCCAGAGCGGAGCAUAUAAAGUAUAAGCAUGUGGGGCCUACACUAAUGUGUGAAAUAUGUUCACGGAAAUUCGUUACCCCACAUUUCUUAAGGAUGCACAUUAAGAGACAUCAUGAAAAGGAGAGUGAUUGGAGUACUGAAAACAGAGUAUAGAGGGAUUAUUAUAUAUUGUAAUUACCAGGGCCCGUACUUUUCAUGCCGUUGACAGAAAAAUGACGUCACGCUACAUAAUGUAUGAUUCCAAUUAAUCAAUCAAUCUUUCGUGUUAUGGCUCCAUCAAGGUGUUGAUGAUUCUGCCAAUGUCGAGGUUGGAUAAGACACGGCUAGUAUAUGAAUCUUAUCAUAUUACGGUCAUAGACAGUGUUCGGUGGAGUAUCCGAUCUGCAAAGAAAUACAAAUUACGACUAACUAAUAGACUACAUACAACUAUUAAACAAUAUGAACACUACACUAUGUACAGAACAAACUACAGUUAAGUAUUAAAUCUACGAACUUAUUGUACAAUAAUAUGAUGAUUCCAAUUAAUAUUUUCGUAAUAAUGAAUCAUUUAUCAACCUCUUUAGGUAAGUUAUACAUAUACUUGACAAUAAGUACAGGAACGUCUAACUGACUUUCAUCUUAUUGUCACUCAAAUAAAUAAUAGAUUAUUAAUUUAUUAAAUAAUACAUAUUUUUGAUUUUUAACAGCGUAACAAGCUUUUAUUCUCGUAACAAGUAUUUAUUUUGAUGCCCGUCAAUAAGUAAGUUAUCUGGAUUUUUAGUAUUGUAAAACAACUCCCUGUAUGUUAAAUUACGUAAUUUUUGCGUCAACGGCAUUAAAAGUACGGGCCCUGGGAAUUACCAUCAGGCGAAACGAAUGCCUAUUUACUGCCAUUAGGCGGGUCCACAUGGAGCGGGCGCGAAGUACGUCUACACUGGCCGUUUUGUGGAGGAAAUUGCCUCGCGCAUAUGCUCGCUCUGUGUGGAAAUAGAUAAGAAUAGAGGGGUGUUUUGAAUUGUUGUGGCCAUUUUGGUGAUUUUAUCUUUAGAUAUCUCACCCCACAGAAUAGACUUAUUAUAAUAAAAUUAGGUAUAUUAUAAAUAAAAUAUUUUUUACACUUCGCAA